AUGACAGCCCAAAGCAAGGAGCAUCAGGAGCAUCAGGAUCAGGAGCGGGCGGAGGAGGAGUCGGAGCAGGUGGAGGAGGAGUCGGAGCGGGUGGAGGAGGAGUUGGAGCAGGCGGAGCAGGAGGAGGGGUUGGAGCAUGCAGAGGAGGAGGAGUUGGAGCGUGCGGAGGAGGAGAAGCAGGUGGAACAGGGCCAACUUCACUAUCACCAGGGACAGGGGAAGUCCCAGGAGCAGCAGGGCCAGGAGAGGCCCCAUCAUCAGCAGGACCAGAAGAAGGAUGAGCAGAAGCACUUCCAGACAUUACUAGGCAAGCAGUAA